AUGGACAUCUUUGGGAUCACCUCUUUCCAUGGGCACAAGUCAGAGGUAAAUCGUUGCCAUUCGCCGGGUGUCGAGGGCGUCCCCAUGGUUCAGGACCAGGAGUACAAGCGUCUAUCUCCUCCUGACCUAAACCCUUCAGGAUUGGUACCAUUCCCAGUGGCCAGACCGGACCACGGUGAACCGAUGGAGUCUCUGUUUGAUCUGAUUGAACAAUUAUAUGACUACGAUCCUCGGUCUUUACCGGAAGAGUCAGUGGCAGAUCCCUCCAUUGACUCUGGCAACAUUAAUGUCUGGGAUGAAGUCCAGGAUGAUCCACAGGUUUUUCUGCCUCUGGACCCUGAGCCCCAGACUCCACAAAUUGUGAACACAUUUGAUUGGACCUCUGAAAACAUGCUUGACCUGGCUCCAUCCCAGUCCACACAGAUGGAGUUGUGUGACAAAGCGUCCAAGAAACGCAAACGCACAGAGGAGGAUAGCAGUGCUUCUAUGACUGACGGCCGCCCCGCCGCAGAGACCAGAGACCCGCAGCCCAAUGCUGCAAAGAGACCCAAACCCCGGCAUAUGGUUCAUUGUUUGUCAAAAGAAGACCAGAUCAAAAUGCUACGCAAAGCAAGAAAGCUGAGAGAAGCUAAAACACUCAACACUGCAAACAAGGUGCAAAAGCCGGUAGUGGAAGAAAAGCCCGCUCCAGUCAGUCCUUGUCCUGCGUCCUCAGCUUCAUCUCAGCCAGCUGCUCCUCCUCAGGCUGCUCCUGAGACAUGUGCUCAGUGUGUGCAGUGCUCAGGCUCCUCUGAAGAACUCACACUGGAGUUCAGAAGCAUCAUCGGAGCCGACGUCCAAAUGGAUCCAUUCAAGGCCUGGUUAUUGGAAAUGUUUGGACAAGUGGCGAAGACGUAUAAGGUCAGAGUGAUGGAAAGAGCCAAAAGGUGCCUUAGGGUCUUAGGAUUCCUGGACACUGAAGAAAUGGAUAUCAGGCAUUUGGUGGAGAGCUUGAUGUCACAUGUUCCUAAGACAUUUGCGAUAAGACAUAUGGAAAUAUUCAAUCAUUAUUUCAAAACUAUACGUACCCACCCGCCUCCUGGGUCCAGGAGAAAACGUCAACUCAUCAAUCAGCCGGAUGACUGUUCAUCAUACAACUGCCAUCAACAUGCUCCGAUGUAUGCCUCCCAGCAUAAAAAGCCUUACACUGCACCACAGUUUCAGCCACAGCCGCCGUUCAUGCCGACGUACAUGCCGACGUACAUGCCGCUAUGCAUGCCGACGCACAUGGCGACAUACAUGCCACCGUGUAUGCCGCCAUGGGGGCAGCUGAAUGCCCCGCCGUACACUCGGCUGCACACACUGCCAGACACACAUCCACAGGACAGAAAGCAGCCGUUCGGCAGGUUCCAAGAGCCCAACACUUGGACUCAGGAUGAGCAACCAACAGCCUUUGGUUUGUUUAAACAGUUGGAGUGGGACAACGUCAAGGCAGAGGUCAAAAUCCAGAACAAAACUUUGAUUAAUGCUGUUCUCCAAGACAAAUGGGAGCUGUCCGAGGUGCAAAGCUGA